CCCGGCUCAAGGCCCCCUGCGCCGCCUUAUGAUUGGCUGCGCCGCGGUGCCACUUCCUUUUCUCGCUCGCUGGCAGGGAGGGUGCCGACAAGAUGAAUGACACAGUGACCAUCAGAACUAGGAAGUUCAUGACGAACAGACUGCUUCAGCGCAAGCAGAUGGUGAUUGAUGUUCUUCAUCCUGGGAAGGCCACAGUCCCCAAAACAGAAAUCAGGGAAAAGCUGGCGAAAAUGUACAAGACAACCCCUGAUGUAAUAUUUGUAUUUGGCUUCAGAACUCACUUUGGUGGUGGCAAGACAACAGGCUUCGGCAUGAUCUACGAUUCCUUGGACUAUGCAAAGAAAAAUGAACCAAAACACAGACUUGCCAGGCAUGGUUUGUAUGAGAAGAAGAAGACUUCUAGGAAGCAGCGGAAGGAACGGAAGAACAGAAUGAAGAAAGUCAGGGGUACAGCUAAGGCAAAUGUUGGUGCUGGCAAGAAGAAGAAAUGAAGUAUCUAGCAGUAACUGGAUGUACUUCAGAUGGAAAAUGGAUAACAGACUACAUAAUUCCUUCAAGAAGUAUGGGAAGAACUGUUCUGGAAAGAAGCUGCUCAUCUGGCUUUAACAUCAAAUAAACUUUGUCAGUCAAAUUCUGA